AUGACGGCCCCACACACUAUAGGGGAGGCCCUCCUCAUCCCCAAGACCUUUCAGUCGCAACAGAGCCUGGACGAGAUAGUGGAGAGGUACAAGAACCUUCGACUGCACGGCCUUCAAGUUGACCCGAAAUCGUUCAGCUCAACAUAUGAGGUAGAGUCCCAAUUUUCCCCUGCGAUAUGGCGAUCUCGGCUUCAGAACCCGGCGGGCCAGACAUUCGUCUCAGUCGCCGAUUCUGACAAACAAUGA